UGGAGUACAGGAGCUGGAGUACACGGUAGCCAGGGCUAUAGCAACAAUGACCGGGAAAGGUGACAGAUACGUAAGGUGCUGUUUCAAAGUACUACUUGCCAUAUCACUGUGUGCUUUUGGCGCCCUCUACGUGACGGACUUCCUCCCUAUAAGUAUUGUGAAUCAAACAUGGCAGAAAGAUGGUUUCCCCUUUCAAUCAUUCUCCAGAUUAAUCUUCAGUUCACCUACUUACCACCACCCUCAACCCCACAAAUCUGAAAGAGUGCCUUCCAAGUUAAUGCCGAUAACAGAUGUCGCGACCAAAACCACCAUCACCACUCCCUCUCGCACCGCUGUCAAAAGCACCAUCAUGAGUAGCACAUCCACCACUGCUAGUACCCUGGUGGCAACAACCACGGCCGAGGGUACCAGGCAGGACCACAAAGCCUACCCACGGCAGUACCACUUCCUCAUAAACGAGCCUGACGUGUGCCAGAGGCAGCAGCCCUUCCUGGUGCUCAUGGUGCCGGUGCACCCGGGCAACGAGAGGGCCCGCCAGGCCAUCCGGAGCACGUGGGGUAACGAGACCAUGGUUCAGGGCAAGGUGGUGACCACGCUCUUCCUGCUGGGCAGUCUGCACAGCGACGUGGCGACUCCAAUGGCGAAGGAGAUGGUGUACAGCGAGAGCGUGAGGCACCACGACAUCCUGCAGAGCGACUUCCUGGACACCUACCUUAACCUGACCAUUAAGACCAUGGUGAUCAUGGACUGGCUGGCCACAUACUGCCCAGGCGCCGCCUACGCCAUGAAGAUCGACUCAGACAUGUUCCUCAAUAUGGAGAACCUCAUGUCGCUGCUGCUCAUGCCCCAGACACCCAAACAGAACUACAUCACUGGCUACAUGAUGUGGAACCGGCCUGUGGUCCGCGACCACCGCUCCAAAUGGUAUGUCUCCGAGGAGCUCUACCCCAAGCCCAACUAUCCCACCUAUUUAUUGGGGAUGGGCUACCUCUUCUCCAACGACCUCCCGGAGAAGCUGGUGCGGGUCUCCAAGGAUAUCAAGCCCUUCAACAUCGAGGACGCUUACGUAGGCAUGUGCCUGACACGCUUGCGGAUAGAGGUCAGUGUGCCUCCUGACCCCUCACAGUUCAAAGCGUACACGUCAGGGCCGUUCAAGCGUUGUGACUAUGUCAAGGUCAUAACCACAAUCCUGGGCAGUGCCAACCAACUGCUGGAGUACUGGGCGGGCUAUAAGAAGGGUGGACCCCCCUGUUGAGGAGGGGUGUUGAGGCAGUGAGUGACUGUCAAUAGACUGUGUACAUUUUUAAACUAUUUUU